GGGAAGCCCUGGCUAGUCAAGGUGGAGCUUGCAGAGUGCACGGUGUACGGGCCCCCGGCCCGGGCAGUGCCUGAGACCCGUCAGGCCUUCCCCCCAACUCCCACGCCUCGGGGGAGGAGCUCCUUAGAGGGGGCGUCGUCGGACGAGCAGCAGCGGCUGGAGGAAGAGCUGAGGAACCUCCGGGUGGAGCUUAUCCAGUGCCAGGCUGACAAAGAAUUUGUAUGGUCUUUGUGGAAACAGCUCCAGGCAACAAACCCAGAUCUCACAGAAGCAGUCAGUCUGGUUGUGGAAAGAGAAAAAACUAAAGCUGAAGCAAAGGAUAGAAAAGUAUUAGAAAUUUUACACGCCAAAGAUACUAGGAUAAAGGAGUUGGAAAAGCAGUUUUUGUCACACAGUUUUUCAGUUCUUAUCUCAAAUGUUGGGAACUUUGGAUUGAUCAUACACCAAAUCGAUGAGAGAGAAUCAGGAUCACAACAGGAAAUAAAUACCCUUGUAAAAAAGAAGAUUUCUAUGGAUGAAGAAAAUGUUUGCUUAAAGAAAGAAUUGAAUGACUUACAUAAGAAAUUUAAAGAUCAAUGUCAAGAGCUUAAGAGGUUACAAAAGAAGGAAGAGCAAAACAUAAUGAUUAUCAGAGAGCUAGAGGAAGUAAAUAAGGAAUUAAAUAUACGCUGUACUGAACUGCUAAAUGAUGUGGAGAACCUGAGAAAGGAGGAAACACAGUGGAGAAAAGAAAAAAAUGACAUUGAUUACAGAAUGAAGACUUUUGCAACUGAUUUAACUGAGGCAAAGCAACAAAUUGAGGAAUCACAGCUUAAAUACAAUGAAUUGGCAUCACAGUUGAAUAAAAAGCACGCUGAAAUAAUACAGAAGGAUAUGGAUAUCACCCAAGUUAAGAAAGAAUUGCAGGAGCUUCAGAAUCUUUACCAACAAAACAGUGAACACACAGCACAGCAGGCAGAGAUGAUCCAGCAGCUUCAUGUUCUCAAUAUGGAUGCCCAACAAGUACUGAAAAAUCAGGAAGAUGCCCACACAGCUGAAAGUAUAUCCUAUCAAAAAGUUUAUAAUGAAUUACAAAUUAAUUUUGAAGCAAAGAAAGCAACUGAAUCUCAGCUCAGGAAAUAUAUUAUUUGUCUUAAGGAUCAGUUAGUUGAAAAGGACCACGAUAUCAUGCACCUGACUGAAAAAAUUAAUGAACUCGAAAAAAUUUCACACUUCAUAUCUUAUGCUCCUUUCCCAAGUUGUAUGGAACAGGAAUUUCAACAGCCAUCACUUUCUAGUCUAGAAACCUUAAUGGUGUCACAGAAAUCUGAAAUUGAAUUUUUACAGGAGAAGCUGAAAAUAGGAAAUUUUAAACUAUCAGAGAAUAGUUCCUCUACCAGUAUUCACAUAGGAAGCAUCAUCUCAGGAACUAGAAAAAUACAUGAGGAACCACCUGUGAAACGUUCAAGGUCUCUGUCCCCAAAGAGCUGUUUUAAAGACUCAGAGGAUUCUAAGAAGCUUAAAGCUGCUGAACGGAAGAUUGAAAAUUUAGUGAAGACACUGCAGCUAAAGAUCCAAGAAAAUGAUGAGCUAAGAAAUGCCCAUGAAAAACGCAAAGAAAGGCUGCAGAUGUUACAGACCAACUACAGAGUAGUAAAAGAGCAAUUAAAACAGUUGGAAGGAAACUAUAGCAAGAUUGACAGAAAUAAACAAAUGAGGAGAGCAGAGUCCCAGCAGCUCCAAGAAGAAGAUUCUAAUACUCUAUGGAACGAACUGACAUAUUUCAAAAGGGAACACCAGAAGCUAUUGAUUGAAAAUAUGAAUCUUGAAGAAGAACUGGAUCAACUUAAAGUUUUUAGGUCUGUGGAAGUAGCUAAUAUGCAAGAAAUGAAUGCACAUCUGGAACUAGAAAGAGAAGAACUACUCUGUAGACUUUGUGAAGAUCAGGAAGUCAAGAAUGAUACUCCAGAGAAGAAGCUGAAACAUAAGUCAGAUAAGACAUUACAGAAGGUAAAUGAGUUAGAAAAACGAUUGAAAGCUUUUGAGAAAAAGUCCAAAAAACUGAAAGAAGAAAAUAAAAAGUUGAGUAAAGAAAAUGAUGAUAUGCAAUCCUCCUAUAAACAGCAGCAAGAUGAUGCAGAAGCAAAAGAAAAAGAGCUAACCCAUUUACAGAAGGAGAAGGAAGAUCUGGAAAGAUACAAAAUUGUCCUUGAGUUCAAGAUCCAUGAGCAAGAGGUGGAAAUCCAGACCCUACAGAAACAAGUAGGGGAAGUCAAUUCCUUGAGGGAACAAGUGGCAGAAGUCAAUUCCUUAAGGGAACAAGUGGUGGAAGUUAAUUCCUUGAGGGACCAACAAGUGGCAGAAGUCAAUUCCCUACAGGAAAAAGUGGCAGAAAUUAAUGAGAUGAGAAAAGAAAAUGAAAAUCUAAGGAAAAAGUUACAAGAAAUGGAAGACACAAAUCGAAUUCAGAAAGCUCAUCUAUUGCAGGAGAUGCAAGCUAUGCAGCAUAUGAAUGCAAUACAACUACCCACAGGGCCUUUAGCACAAGGGCCAGUCCAGACACCAACACAGCUUCAGACCCAGCUCCAGGUACCAACACUGUCUUUAUCUCAGCUACAAGUGGAGCUGGACAAAACUAUGCCCGAGAAGUCUAUUCUGGAAGUGGUGAGCACUGAACAAUGUAAAAAAUGUAAGACAACUACCACCAAGGUUAAAUUUAAAACAGCCAAGAAAAAAGGUGCCACGGGAAAUUCUCAGACUUUUCUCAAUCAGUCCAUCAAGGUUAUGAGCAAUAUGUUUGAGAACUGUAAGGACGACUGGGAGGAUGUGAGUGAAAGCAGUGAUUCAGAAGAUCUGACCUCUCAAAACCUAGGAACAAUCAUUGUAGAAACAUCUGAAAAAGAUAACAUGGAACAGACAGAAGAAAAAGCAAAAGGGAAAGAAAUUAUAUUAGGUAUAAAAAGUCCAACCAAAAAGGAUAUCAGUAAGAAGAUUUACAGAAAAUCAGCUUCACAGAAGAAAAAAAUUAAUGCUAUACGGAGUGCAUAUGCACCAUCUGCUAAUAAAGUUAACAAGGAGAAUGAGAAUAAUGUAAAUUUCUCAAAAUCAUUACUACUCGAAAGAGUUGGAUCCAUGCAGCAGCAAAUCAAUACACUACAGGAUUUGAAAAAAGGUACAGAAACUUCUAUUAAGGAAUUAAGAGAAGCCAAUGAAAAGCUUACACAGCAACAAGAACUAACUAAUCAAAAACUUCAGACAACCAAACAAAUCAUAAAGAAACUAAAUUCAGAGUUGGCUGAACUUCGCAAAGAGAAAGAAGAGGUACAGAAGAAAUUGGAGGCUGCAAAUGAAACCAAAUCUGAAACAGAUAUUUGUUCAAAGGAUUUGCAGACAGAAAUUAAGCAACUGCAAUGUAAAGUCAAGAAUGCAACAAAUGAAACGACUAAACAGUCUUCAAAUAUAAAGACUCUAAAAUGUGAAAUUAAGGAAAAGGAAGAACAGAUACAAGAAAUGCAAGGAAAGAUUUGUCGAAUGGAGAGGGAUUUAGUCAUGAAGAGACAUUUGAUAGAGCACUUUAAGCAUCGGCAGAAAGUUAACUUGGAAAAUAAUGACAGCUUUACUGAUUUGUUAGAAAAUCUUGAAAAAAAGGUGAAAACAUUGACUGAAGAUUGUAGUGGUAAGAAGAUAGCAAAUGAUUCACUCAAGCAAAUGCUUAAUGCAGCUACAAGAGAGAAAUCACAUUAUGAAAAGAUGUAUUUAAAAGCUAAAGACGAGUUGGAGAAGAAGGAACACAAGUUUGCUCACCUAUUAAGUAAGAUGAAUGAGACAAAAUCUGCAAUGACAGAACUUGAAGCAACUGCUUCUCAGCAACUCCAUGGAUUAGCUAUGCAAAGUGAACGGGCUUUUGAAAUAGUGCAGAGCAAACUAGCACGGGCUACCAACCGAGAGGAAGAGUUCAUUGCAUUUGUGAAGGCUUUAGUUAAAGAAAUACAUCAUAAUGUCCAAGAGAUGAGGUUGCGAGUAAAACAUAUCCAAAAACCAGAACACAGUAAGGCCAAUACUGCCACCCAGAGAGUCCAGUAUUUGGCAGCUUCUAUCCUAAACAUUUCACCCACUGAUUUGGAAGAAAUGUUAGACUCGGAGAAUGAAGAGGAAUCCAGAAACUCAAAGGACAGUGAACAUGACAAGGAGUGGCUAACUUAUAUCAAUACAAUUCUUGAAGGACAGUAUCCAUUUGCUACAUGUUUAUUAGAAGCAGUAAUGGAAAAAAUAAAUGAGAAGAAGAAACUCUUUGAAGAAUAUGUUAAAUCCAUAAAAACUACUGGAUGAUAUUACAAGGGACUGUUUUUCAAAAAUACAAAAAAAGUUUUUUUAAUGUGAUAGGAUUGGAAAAACAUGAAUUCUAAGCGAAUACAGUAACUAUUCCAAGUAUCAAUAGUCAUGUUCAAUAUAAAAAAAUAGGAGUCUCUGAAACUAAUUAAUUGUCAAACAAGUGAAAUUAAUUAGGUGCAUGAACAUUUAAAAGGAAAUAGUGUAGCAUUUGAUUGUUGAAUACAAAUAUUGCCACAAAUCAAAGCAAACUUAAAAAUGAUUUUCCUUUCAAUGCAUUAGAAGUUAGAACCAGCUGAGAACACACAAAUUGACUUAAAUACACAAAGGAUACAAUAGAUACUAAGGAACUAUAAUGAUGACAUUUUAGAAAGAAAAAAUACUGAGAAUAUUUUUUUCUCUUAACAAGGCUGUCUUCCUUAGAAGUUAGUGGAGAUUUUGCAUUGUAAACAAAUACAAAAUGAAGCAUCAUAAGUUAAAGAUAAACUUUUAAUAAAGUAAUAAAUAGUAUGGCC